AUGCGAGUAACGACAGCCAAACGGCUCCUUGAGCCCUGCACUCAUGGUUUGACUCGUCCAUGCCCAUCUGUCAACAUUGAUCUCGUAGCCACCGUCUCUACCGGCACUGGUAACAGCAGGGAGACGGUCGAGGUCUGGCGCCGAAAUGGGCAGAGAGUCUUCGUUGUUAAUGCUCCCGAUACUAUGAUCGACAAGGAGGAUGAAGGUGGUGCACCUAGCAAGGCAGAAGUCAAGGCAAUGGAAUGGAGAGGAGACGGCAAAAUGUUGGCCGUGUACUGGAGCCGUGGUCAGAAGGGAACAGUCACUGUUGUGGACGUUUAUGAUGGCAAAGUUGUCUGCACGUUGAACGUUCGGGCCAAGCGACUGGUGCCGGAUUGGUCUACCACACCGCAGGACGACGACUCGGCUAAGCCUGUGGACGGGCGCAAUCGCAGAGGCACGAUGAGUUGGCAGAACCAUUUUGCCAGUCCAUCCGAGAUCAGGAAGAUGCGGGCACGAGAUGCAGACGACCGGAAAGCACGGGACUUGGAGCAACUGCUAUCCGGCGAAGACUUGGACGGAAACGAACUUGAUGGACAGAACAUGCUUCGAUCAAGCGCCAACCUUCCAAGAGCACUCUCGCGCAUCGAGAUCGAUGUUGCUCUGCCCAAACUCUCCACACUACCACCCAUAGCCGCAACAGGGACGGAUGACGACCUCUUCAGCACAAGACACUCUAUCGAUACCAUUUUUCAUGCAGCAAACACAAACACAUCGGAUACCGGCUCUUUCGGGGCACAUGGCGAUCAUGAUACUGUCGACGUCCUCCUGACUAAUGUCGAUAAAUGUAAUAUCCACAUCAGCAUGUACGACUCUUUCGUCGUAGGUACCGUGGACGCCGCGCUGGCACUCCCAAAAGGCUUCAAGGGCACCAGAGUCAUUCAAGACGCAAGCCACCCAUUCCUCACGACCCACUUCCUGGUACUCGAAGCCGUCAAAGACGGCCCCGUACGAUCAUCCAAAUUGGCACCCGACUUGUCACUGCAUGUGGUAGCGCUCGAUCUUCGCUUCAUAACACAGACCGGCUACAACCUCCCUCUCCUCGCUACAAAAGCCACCCAACUCCAAAAUCUCCUCCGCUACCUCAUUCAAGUGUCCACACUCUUGUCUGCUGAGGUGCGCACCGCGUUCGACCUCCCUCAGCGCUUCGUCGCCAAUAUCAGCGAGUCCCUCGCCGAAGAUGACCCAGCCGCCUCCUUCAUGACCCAGGCAUACCAGCUGAUUAUCAUGGGAACCUGCAACGAGAAGUUCCGGGAGUGGCUGGUCGAUCAGGUCGGCGAGCGGGGUCUCAAGCGCUGGGAGAAGGCGGUCGGAGACUGCUUAGACAUGAUCCGGCGGAUGACAAGUGAAUGCCUGCUGCCCGCUAUCGAGCGCGCACAGCUCGUGAUCAGCAGGCUGGACGGGCUCAGCCGGUUUGCGGACACAGCCAGUCGACUGGGCUUGGACGAAAUGGCGGUGCGGGACGUGAGGAAAGUGCUGGACACGUUGAACGUGCUGUGUCAUGACAUGCUGCAGGAUGUUUGUACCGAAGUGAAAGAGUUUGCGUCUUUUGUGAGAUGGUUGCGAUGGGAGAUCGAGGUUCAAACCCUGGGCGAGGAUUCCGAGCGAGCGGAGGAGAUGAGGGAGAGCUAUACCGGGGAGUCGGAGGUGCGGACUGUUCUGGAAUAUAUCGAAAGUGCCAUGGGGGUAAGUCGGUUGCUGAGGUACGUAAGGACGGAUCCAGCGGAAAGUGAUAACGUGGAGAUCACAAAUGAUGGUGAUCUGCUGGAAGGCUACAAAUUGGCAAGAGAAGGACAGCACUACGAGGAUACGCUGAAGCUGAGCGACCUGCUGAAGGUGCUUGCCGACAGGAGCAAAGUGGUGUUCGACUCGACGGCGGAGACGUUGCGGAAGAACGUCCUUUGCAGCCAUGUGGCAGAAUUGCCUGCUUGCCUCGAUGAGAGAGUCAUGGCGUCGAGCGUGCUGCAAUCUGAGCUGGGCGAAGGGUUCUCCAUGCACGUGGUGUCAACACGGAAGGAUGACACAGCUCAUCUGUACAAAGUGACAUUUGAUACUGAUCGAGCCGGCAAUACGACCGCUCCGGGAAAAAUUGAGGAGCAUAAGUUCACAGGUACAAGAGGCUCUGAGGUCAAAAGCCUGGCCAUGGUCGGACAGGCGAGACAAUUCCUGGCAUUGGUCGAUUUCAGGGGCUCGCCGAAGACUGCUAUAUCUUGUCUUGCGUUCAGCUGGGAUGCAAUGAGUGGCGGCGGACAUGAGAAGCAUAUAUUCACCAUGGACGGAACAACGACCGGUAUAAGUCCAGGCGAGCUAAGGGCAGUGAAAGGGCAAAAGGGACGAGACAGGCUUGUGUGCGUUGACAAGGAAGGUUUAGGCUUCGUGGUACUCGAAGACGAGUAG